AUGAACAUUUUGCUGUGUGUUACGUUGCUGCUAUGUGUAUGUGCGUCAUACGUGUCACUAUCUCCACUGGAGGUGACAAAAACUGUUAAAGUACAGUCUGAUCAUCUGCCCAGUAUUUCUGAUGAAAGUCUGGUACCAUCCGAAUCUAACAGGUUCAAAAGAACACACCAUCACAAAGGGCAUGGUGGUAGCUAUGGCGGAGGACAUGGCGGGGGUCACAAAGGUGGAUAUAGACACGGCGGAGGUUAUGGACACAGCGGAGGUUAUGGACAAGGCGGCGGACUAGGUUAUGGAGGCGGCGGCGGGUAUGGUUAUGGAGGCGGUGGCGGCGGCGGUGGCGGCGGCGGUGGCGGCGGCGGUGGUGGCGGCGGCGGCGCUUGGGGACGCUAA